CAGCGUGCAUGGAACCUAUCGCCCAUCCAUUCUGAGAGGACCUUACAAUCUCCAUGAUUUUCGCAAGCAACCUUCCUGCAAGACCCAACCAGCUGCUCCUGCCCUCGGUUCUUCCGGCGCACGCCGCCUCCCCUCCAAAUGCUACUUUUCUCAAUCUUCUCCCACCAGCUUCACCCUUCCCAAUUUCUCCGCUGUUGAUGCCGCCGCGUGUCCCUUCGCUCUCCACCGCUAGGAGCUUCUCUGCCCGAGCUUUUUUCGAUCUCAAAGGCGGAAAAGGAAUGACUUCGUUCCAUGAGCUUGAGCUCAAAGUCCGUGAUUACGAACUGGAUCAGUAUGGAGUGGUUAACAAUGCUGUUUAUGCAAGUUAUUGCCAACAUGGUCGUUAUGAACUGCUCGAUAGUAUUGGUGUCAGCUGUGAUGGAGUUGCUCGCACUGGUGAUUCAUUAGCACUGUCAGAGUUGUCGCUCAAAUUCCUUGGACCUUUAAGGAGCGGAGACAAAUUUGUUGUUAAGGUGAGGAUUUCCGACUCCUGUGCUCGCCUGUACUUUGAGCAUUUCAUCUUUAAGCAGCCAAAUGAAGAGCCUAUUCUGGAGGCAAAGGCCACAGCAGUAUGGUUUGACAAAAACUAUUGUCCUGCUCGUAUACCUCCAGAGUUCAGAUCAAAAAUUUUUCAAUUCCUUCGCCAUGAGGAAUCUGAUUGAAUUGUUGCUGAACUUGAGAGACCCUUUCGUUUGGUCAGCGAAUGAAGAAUAUGAUUCUGGAU